GGGUGGGUCUUACAGGGAAUUGAAACUUAAUUGAAAGUCAGUGUUGGGCUUUUCCCUAGCCUUAGCUGCAAUCCUCCUUCCUGACAAGGAUGUCUGGGGUUGGAGGAUGGAGGGGAGACAGCAGGUACAGGACGGCUGCUGCCUCCAGUACCCCAUUUUCCUCUCAGGGUUACAACAAUCAACCAGAGGCGGCUGGAAAACCCCAGCAGCUGAUGACAUCUGGAGAGGAGCAAAGGUACCAAGCAUCAGCCUACCAUCAGCAGCAAGAGCAGCACAGAACACCGACCUCACUGAUGAAGAAAACCCCUUCCAGUCUAAUUGUUUUUCUAUAAACAGAAAAAAUGUUUUCUUUCAUUCUAGUGUCAGCUCGUACGUCUUGAUAACUCCAAAUGAAACCAGAAGAAACCAGUUGCAACAAAUUGCUAAGAAAGAGCUAGAUGACCUGGAGCGCUGGAAGGAAGAGCACAGGCCAAGGCCAAUUAAGUUGAUUCCACAGAGACUGGGUGGAAAGGACUCAGAGGCUGAAGCAAGACAAAAACAGCAAAUGAUGCUCGUGCAAUCUAAAUACCAACAAAAGCACAAGAGAGAAGAAUACAUGAAAGCAAAAAAAGCAGCUGAAGAAGCUGAAAUCCUGAAAAAGAAAGCAAUUCAGAGAGAAAAGGCAGAGAGACUUGAAGUUAAAAAAAGGCAACAAGAAAUGCAAAGAAGAGAGAUGUUCCUUGAAGAACAAUAUUACAAAACCAAUGAAUUAUUGAACAGAUUGGAUUUAGGCUUGCCAAAGAGUGAUUCCUGUCAGAUUGCUAAUCGUGGCCCAGAAUCAACAGCAUGGGCUCAAUUAAAGGAAUCAAAACAAAAGCAGGAGGAGGAAGCCAGGACAAGAGCACUUCAAAAUGAACAAAGGAGGGUAAAUAAUGCUUUCCUGGACCGACUCCAGAACAAAGCACAGACUAAUAGCAUCUGCCAGCCUGGAUAUUCUGGGAGUCUGGACUACCUCAGUAAUGGUGCCUGGGGGUCAAACUACUUGGAAUAAAGGAUCAGCGUUACUAAAAGGGUACUGGAGAAAUAUUCACUUUUAUCUGGUCUUGGCCAAAUGACCUUGUAAAAACUCCAAGAAAAAGCUCUUUUAUCAUUGUGAUUUUUUUUUUUCCUACCCUGACUUCAACUUCGCACCCACUUCAUGAGCGAUCUGCAUAGACUGGUUUCUAGCUGUCAUAAUUCAUGCAUAUUUGAAGCAGUUGAUUGUGAAAGUCCUAUUUAAUUUUUAAUAAGUGAAUGCAUCUUUUUUUUUUUUUUUCCUCCCUUAAAUUGUUUUGCCUUUUGCAGAAUGCAAUUAUCCCAGUCUUUGGGAUCUCAGAAAAAGAAGACAUUAGUGGUUGCAAAAGCUGCAGGAAUAUCUAUGUUUACUUCCUGCUGUAUCCAGCAAAAAAACUUCUAGAGACUUAAACUGGAAAAACAGUGCUUUCUUUUGGGGACAGGGGAUAGGAGAGCUGCUGCUUUGGGUUUUUUGUUUUUGGGGGGUUUGGAGGGACUUUUUCCAUUGUAUUAAGUAGAGACUCAAGGAGAAACAAGUGUGUGUAUUGUUGUGUAUUGUAGAUGAAUUCUUCUAAACACAUUUUUAGGAAAAUACGACACAUGAAAGAAAUAAAACUUUAACACUGAAAACUUC